AUGAAGCAUCGGUUACAAGAAAGCCAUGAUUUCGAUUGGGACAACGUUACAAUACUGGACGAGGAGCCUGAUUACAGGAAGAGACUGAUUUCGGAGAUGAUAUUCAGGAGACAAAUGCAUGAACUCAGCCUGCAGAGAUUAGUGGAGAGCGCCGAACAGGCUGCAGUAUCUGCGCCGAGGGAAGGAAACAUGUCGCCCAAGUAUUACGCUUCGCAUCGGCUUAAUAACUUUGUUAGCGACGAAAAAGGUCCCGCUCAGGAGAUGUUUCUCGCUACAAAUCGCCACUUCGAUAAUCUAGCAGUGAACGUUAGUUUGUCUGCCGUGCUCCUGCCAAAUGGAAUUAAAGACAAUGAGCGUGACGUUGCUUCGGGUAUUCAGUGGAGCGAGUACUUGGAUCUGUUAUUUGUUAAUAAUUAUGAAAGUGAUCCUACGCUAUCAUGGCAAUAUUAUGGAGCGACGACAGGAUUUCUACGUCGCUUCCCAGCGAUAUCGUGGCCACCGAUGGAGGGUACACCUGGAGCAUCUAGGUCCUCGCAUCAUCGAACGGUUCGUGAUGUGUAUGAUUUUAGGAUGUCGAACUGGUUUGUUGGGGCGGCAAACAGCCCGAAAGAUCUAGCGAUAUUGAUCGAUAGCGCGACGUACACGUCUGACCGGAAUCGACGAUUAACAAUAGCUACGACGAAAGUCGUCUUGGACACUUUAGGGCCGGAUGAUUAUAUAAACAUAUAUCGUUAUGGCGAGAAUGGCGAGGAAAUAGUGCAGUGCUUCAAGGAUAGCCUGGUGCAGGCGUCACCUGAAAAUAUUCACGAGAUGAAGGUAGCUUUAAGUUCUCUGAAACAUGAGGACACUGUGACCAAUAUUUCAGCCGCGCUCAGCACCGCCUUUGAGAUCCUCCAUAAAUACAACCGCUCCAGCCAGGGAAGCCAGUGCAACCAGGCCAUUAUGUUGAUCACAUCUGACACCGAUGGCCCACCUGCAGAAGUGAUAAAGCGUUACAAUUGGCCGCAUAUGCCUGUACGGAUCUUUACUUAUCUCAUCGGUGGUGACAAGAGUCUUGAUCUCCAAAAUACGGCAUGCACCACUAAAGGAUUUUACGCGAGAAUAACGAAUGCGGACGAAAUCCAUAAUAAAGUUUUCGAGUACGUGAAAGUUUUAGCGCGGCCUAUGGUACUCUAUCAACAUGAUCAUCCUCUUCAUUGGAGUCCCGCUUACGUAGGUGGAAAAAGUAAUAGAUAUGGCAGAGAAAAUCGGGGCCAAUUGAUGACAUCUGUGACAGCUCCGAUUUUAGAUCGCCGGAAUUAUACGGUGAAAACGGCUAAUUUAUUGGGUAUUGUCGGUACCGAUGUACCUAUCGAGGAAAUUCAGAAACUCGUGCCGCCUUACAAGUUAGGAGUUAAUGGAUAUUCAUUUAUUGUUGACAAUAAUGGCAGAAUUCUAUAUCAUCCUGACCUAAGACUUCUCGACAACAAAAAUAAUGUCAUAAUAUUAUAUGAAUGUUUCAUGCAGCCAGGAAACACAGAAUACGAUGAAACAUUAAAACCUUCGUAUAUAAGUGUAGAUCUAUCGGAAGUUGAACUCGCAGAAUAUGAUGGCCCUUCAGCCUCUCCGAACAAUUCGCUGUUGCUUGAUCUAAGACGCGAUAUGAUUGAUCAAAAGGAAGGCGAGACGGACUUCACAAUCAAAAUACAUUAUGAUGAUAUGAAAAGAGUUACAAUUAGACGGCAUAAUUAUUUUUACAAACCGAUCGAGGGUACACCGUUUUCCUUAGGCUUGGCUCUACCCGAAGGUUAUGGCAUGUUCGAAUUACGAGCCGAGCAAGAAAUUAAGCUCGCUAUUGUAAAUGUAACAGAGUAUUUUAAGGGGAGCAACUGGAAGGUGCAUCCUGAUUGGAUUUACUGCGAAUAUAAUUCGGCUUCCGAUAAAUUCUUUUCCUCCCCGGAAGAACGCGUCCUGCACUUUCUAGCACGGACGCGCAGACCGGGAUGGAAAUGGAUGUCCUUGAGACCAAGGAGUCCUAGCUCGCAUCACAAGCAGGCGAGCAAGCCAGAUAAAGACUCUUAUUAUUGUGACAAGAAACUAGUGCAGUCACUUGUCUUAGAUGCUCUGGUAACAGAUGGAUUCGAUAAGAGAGAAGCGCAAAGAAUGCACAAGGAGGAGAACGAAAACCCUAUUGCCAUACUGAUGGCUCUACUGCACAGUCAGGGCAAGGGUAGAUUCGGCGUCACCAGGAGCUUUAUCGCGACCAGGAGCGGACUCCUGCGAUGGCAUGAACAUCAACAGAAUGACGGAAACACCGAGGAACCGCGAUUUGCCGAAAGACAUGCAAGAGCCAUGGAUUCAUCAUGGUACAAACGCGCAGUAGAUCAACAUUCCAUAGAACCGGAAAGCUUCGUUUUCAGCGUACCAUUUGACGCAGCCGAUACGACCGAUCCACUCGUCACUGCCACCCAUGCUGUAUUCAUCGGAAAAGGUCACAAAGCUCCUGCAGUAGUAGUAGGUUUGCAAUUCCAACACUCAUCUUUGGCAACUCAUUUUGUGAACAUUACUUCGACAUGUACCGGAAUGACAGGAUGUAAAAAGAAUUGCGCCUCGGAGGAACUCGAUUGUUACAUUCUAGAUAACAAUGGAUUUAUUAUUAUAAGUGAACGUCAUGAGCAUACCGGAAAAUUCUUCGGCGAGAUAGACGGAACUAUAAUGGAUUCCUUGGUGCAAGAUAGGAUAUAUAGAAAAGUGACCGUCAUUGAUUAUCAAGGAACUUGCAGUCCUCAAGAAUCUCAUCAAUCAUCAGCGCCGCGAACUCUGUCUGAUUCUAUCAUAAUGACAGCGGUGACAUUUGGCAACUUUCUUUGGACUUUGACUUUGAGUUUUAAUAUUCAAGACUUAUGGCAGACGACAUUGGCAUUUGCUAACGACGUAAUGAAUGACGACUUAAUAUUCACCGAUGAUGAGGAGACACAUGAAUUCGAAUCGUUGACGCCUGCCGACUCGACAGAUGAAGUAACAUCGGAUGAGAAUAACGUAUAUGUGAGAUUUCCAGUAAUCGCGCCAGCGACACCAGUUUCGCCGCCAACUACACGGGCCACUUCCGCUCAUUAUCCAAGAAAAUUACGUGCUUGCGAAAAGAAAACGGAUUUGUAUAUUCUACAACCCGAGCGCCUCAACACCAGCGGCCAAAGCAAUCCUCUGAAAGGAAAGCUCACCAAUUGCCACGUAACAGGAUGCGAAAGACCGUUUAGCGUCCAAAAGAUCCGUCACACCAAUCUGAUAUUGCUGGUGGUCGACACGUUGUGCCCAUGCGGCAGUAAACAACUAAGCAUUGAACCCAUCGAGGCAUUAACCGAACCCGGGGCAUGUACGGCAAGGAGAGAACGUCUGUAUCGACGAAGACCACCAAAAUGUAUAAACUAUCACCCUGAAGAGAUGGAGAUCAAAUUUUGCGGUAGCGCCAGCCGUUUUUUUAACUACUCGUUGAAUUUUAUGUUUCUCUUAUUCGUUAUUACAGUGCGGCUUGCGUGACUUUGUCGGGAUUAAUUAAUCGCGCGUAUCCGACGUGCGUACAGACAAACACACAUACAUAACAUACACACAUGUUACAAAUUACAUUUUUAAAAUGGAUUUAGCGUUGUCGUUUCUAUGGAACAGUUAUAAAGAAGAAAAAAAACAAUGUACUAAGUUUACAGAUUGUCACUUGACACAAGAAUGGUAAAAUAUAUGUAUAUUAUACAUACAAAUGAUGCAUAGUGUGUAACGAUAU